UUCGACGAUCAAUCGCUCUUUGUUAGGGUUUUGUUUUGUUCUGACACUCCACCAUAUUGUCGCGUUGUCACAAAAAUUUCACACUGUUCUGAGUGGUUUUAACACGUCACACGCUAUCCUUUUCACUAUGGCUAAAUUCAGCUACAAAUCAAGCGCCAAUUCCCACCGCGUCCUCCAAGGGCUUUUUAGUCAAAUUGGGCUAAAAGAACUCUGUGAUGUAACACUGGAGACGGAGGACGGGCUAUCCAUUGCCGUUCAUCGUAACGUACUGGCUGCCGUGAGCCCGUAUUUCCGUGCUAUGUUCACUGGAAAUCUUCUGGAAAGUGGUAAAAAUAGAAUUCUACUCAAAGGAAUCGCUGGUGUUGCUCUUCAAGCACUUUUGGAUUAUGUUUACACAUCCUCCAUCGAGAUCUUUGAUGAUAACGUUGAGGAGGUGUUGAAUGCCGCAUGUGCCUUCCAAAUUCCAGAAAUCAUUAAUGUGUGUUCUGAAUUUUUAAAAGAACAGCUACACCCUAGUAAUUGCCUUGGAAUUUUAGCGCUUGCCGAUCGCUUUUCGUGCGAAGAGUUGGCGAACGAAGCACACAAAUACACAGUGAAACAUUUUGGUCGGGUAAGCGAAUGUGAUGAAUUCAAGGCUUUGCCCUUUAACGAGAUUAAACUGCUGUUAAAUGACGAGAACAUAUGUGUCCGUUCUGAGGAGGAGGUUUUUGAGGCAGCUUUGGCUUGGGUUAAUGCAAGCGAGGAUAGGUGUAAAGAAUUAGCUGAAAUUCUUACGUGUGUCCGUCUCCCCAUUCUCUCCCCGUCAUACCUCACGGAACAUGUCCUCACAAAUGAGACCCUUUUGGCUGACGAUGAGUGCAAGUUGAUGAUCGAUGAAGCCAUGCUGUAUGCAUCAUCACCUUCAUCCGUCAAACGGCAACAGGUGUAUCACAGUCGUAUGCAACCAAGAAUGCCUACAGGCUUUGCAGAUGCACUAGUAGCAGUAGGAGGCUUGUAUACUGGUAACUCUGUGGCCAGUGCUGAGCGUUACAACAUGUAUACUGAUGAGUGGACAGAGUUCCCGAGCUUACUGACGCCACGUUAUGGCUUUGCUAUUACCCAACUUCGUGGCAACAUCUAUUGUCUUGGUGGCUACCACAAUGGGGAGUUUUUAAAAGCUGUUGAAGUAUUUGACGCAGAGCAAAAUAUAUGGAUUUCUAAGCCCCCAAUGCUAACUGCAAGAAAGUACUUUGGUGCAGAUUGUCUUUAUGGAAAAGUGUAUGCGGUGGGCGGAUCAGAUGGCCAGCACAGAAUAGCUUCUGUUGAUUGUUAUGAUACCUUUACGAAAGAAUGGACUGCAACAGCACCUAUGUUAGAGCCGCGGAUGUAUCAUGGUGUUGUAGCUCUGGGAGGACUGCUGUAUGCAGUUGGUGGUCACAGUGGCACAGUCAGGCUUAGCUCGGUCGAGUGCUAUGACCCUCAGACUGAUAGCUGGACUAAAGUAGCUGCAAUGUCUAAACCAAGGUCUGUGGCUGGCAUAGCAGCUUUAAAUGGGCGAAUAUAUGUGGUUGGUGGCUUUGAUGGUCAUGAUUAUCUUAAAGAUGUGGAAUGUUACGACCCACAGACAGACACAUGGUUAAGUGUUGCACCACUGAAUAGAGCUAGAUCAGCUGUCUCUGUCGCCAUCAUGAAGGGAAGACUGUUUGCUCUUGGUGGCUUCAAUGGACAGUUUCUUGACAGUGUUGAGAUGUUCGAUCCUCAAGAAAAUAUAUGGGCAACUGUGGCAAGCAUGUCAAUACCCAGAGUGCAUUUUGGGGUGACCGUAAUUUGACUCACUAAAUAACUAAAGUCUAUUCGCUUAUUUUUGUUGUUGUUGUUUUUCAGGCCCUUUAUGCAUUUUUAUAAUCAAUCGAUAAAGAAAAAAUGACACGGCAAAUUCGAGGAAAAUAUUAUAACGCAAUGUGCAAAUGUAGCCUAAUUGAACUUUGCGUGUGAACAUAAAUGGUGAACCUUCGUGAUAUAAAAAAUUUGGAAUGGUCUAUAGAAUGUUUAAUCAAUUUAAAAAAAGAAAUAAGAGUAAUUUGGGUUAUGGUAAUAAUAUGAAUUUAGCUAUUUCUAGGCAUUUAAAUUAUUCAAUUUUUAGCUAUGUAUUUUUAAAAAUUUCUAUCAAUUAUGCAUUGAUUAUCAACUAGCUUCAUUAAAGAUAAUAUCCCUAUCUCUGUAUAUAUUAAGCAAAUCAUUUGUUUAGCAACAGCGCAUUAUUAAACCUUAGCUAAAACGAAAUGGAAUUUCCAAUAAAGCUGCAAUUCGUUUA